AUGGGAACCGUCCAGCCAUUAUCCGCCAUGGCGCUAUGGCUCGAAUGGCAGGCGCAGAAGAAGGUCGAGACAAGGCCCCAGAAGUCUAGCGAGGAGUUACUGUGCCAUAACUUCAGCCUGGAGGGUCCCAUAGACUACAUGCGGGCAGGCUCCAAGGAGGUUGCAGCCUGCUACUUUGGCACCGGCGCAAACUUGCUGCUCAUGGGGCCGAAGUGGAAUGUGGUCAAAGACUACAUUGACCUUUCGCAUUUGAAGGUCUCAGUGAUGGGUCCUAUGGUGUGUCUUUCCGGAGGACAAGACAUUGUACUGCGGCUUUUCCUCUCAUCCACUUCUGAUGCCGACAAGUGGGCAGAGAUUCUCACAGCUGCCAGCUUCAAACGUGCUUCUGACAAGUACGUAGCACACUUGGACAUCAAGAUGCAGAAGCAGCAGAAGGCUGCUCGCAGGGCACAGCAAGCCGCUUCGUUUGGUGCCUUCGUGGAAAGGCUGUGCUCAUCCAGGUCUGCAGCUGCAGCUGAAGCGCGCUUGAAAGCCGUGCUUCCAUCGCACAAUGCCCCACUUCCAAUUCCAGGGGAACACCAUGUCUACCCCGCUCGGUUCUACCUGAAGGACCUCAAAACGGAGGGUGCUGGCCGAGUAUGCAUCCACGGGGAUACCCUGAUCAUGCAGUGGGCAGAGCGUGGUCAGGUCUUGCGGAGAGCGGCCGUCCUGACGGGUGCAACAGCGACAACUGCCACUUUCAUGGUCUCAGUUCGUGGAGCGAACGGGCUUGCCAUGGUUCGGCUGUGGAUGAACGAUGCGGAGGAGGCAGAAGAAAUGGCAAAGGCCAUUGAGGAGAGCGCCAAGGCUUCUGCUGACUUGCUCCAUCGUAAGCCUGCGCCGAGUGCCUCCACCAUGAGGCGACAGAUGGGCGCGGCCGCUGUUGCUGUCUGCAGUUGUGCGCUGCAGGCACCUUGGACAGUGCCCCGAGCCAUCUACCGAACAUUGACCUGCUCUGCAGGCUCUAGCGAGAAGCCAAGUACGAAGACUGGCCGCAUUGAGAACGGCUUGUUCUGCUUGGACGGCAAGUGCCAUGUUCUGUUCCACAAGGAUGCAGUUGCUCGGGCCUGCCAUGCCACGCUUCGCGAAGACAUGUUGUGGUUUGGGGAGAGGGCCAGCGUGAGCGACCAGGUGCUCAGCGUGAUCGGCGCCACCGCCGCGGCUGUCGAUGACAUGGUGGCCAUCUAUGCGCCGAACGGAGAUGUCCACAGGCUCUGGCCGGAUGCAUCGGCCAGCGCUCCGAAGGAUUGGUGCCAGGCAAUCCAGGCUGCGGGCAAGCAGUCUGCCAGCCUGAGCAAGUGGGAGGCCAUGAUCAAGGCGGAGAAGUUUGAGGCCUUCGCAAAGGCAGAGGUGCGGCGCUUGGCUCGUAGCCGGCGCUUCAGGAACCUUGGCGAGCGCUUGAUCUACCUCCCAGCAAAGCUCACUGGUCUUGUCCACUCGGAGCAGCGCAGCGCCAUGCAGGUGCUGAUGGACUGGCAAGAGACGUCGCAAAGACGCAGCGAGAAAAACCGCGCGGAGUCCAGCCUGGUUGGGAAGGUCCAGAAAGGCCGUUUCUUCCGCCGUGCAGAUGCUCGUCAAGCACCUGUGGAAAGGACCCUCGAAAUCAAAGGCGACACCCUGUUCGUGUUCGACGAGGAUGGCAACAUGGAGAAGCCAAUCGUGCUGGCAGGUACCGAAAACUAUGUGAACCAGGCCAUUGUAUCGGUGUGGCGUGAUGGCGUGCUACAGGCGCGCAUGUUCCUGGCCACGGAAAGCAAAGCUGAAAGCUGGGGCGCGGACUUGGAGACGGCCUCAAAGUUGUUGACCAACGCUCCUCGUGUGUCAAGGACAGUCAGCCAGAAGGCAGUUGCUCCUCCAAAACUGCCUCAUGAGGACCACCAUUCAGUGCAGAAGUUGCACAAGACUCGCUCACGGAGGUUCUACAGCAAAGACGUGCCUUCUGGAAAAGAUGACACAGCUGUCCUUCUGCCAGAGGGUGCCAUUGGUGCGUGA